GCAAAAGUGGCAACCCUGACUGGCCUAUCUUUAUUGCUCGCCAAACAAAUGAAUUUAAAUAAUUGUCCAAUCAAUUAAUUGAACACAAUGAACAAGUUCUGCCGCACUUGCGGCAAAACAAUCGUCGCCGAGAACAGCCUGCUGAUCUUCUCGCGGGAGGGUCGCCAGCUGCUGCACUGUGUGCGCACCAUAGCCAAUUGCUGGCUGCAGAAUAUCCCUGAAUUCCCGUGCUAUAUGUGCGAAGACUGCCAGAAGCUGCUCAAGAAGGUGUGCAGCUUCCGCAGGCGGUGUGCGAAAAUUGAAGCAUACCUCAAGAAACGAAAAGGCAAACUAACGCUGGGCGAAGGUCCAGCUUCGGUGUCGCUACAACUACCCGCUCAGCCAGUGGAAGCUGCCGAUCCGUUGGGUAUCGACGAGCUGUUGGGUGCCAGCGUCAUCAAAGAGGAGGAUGAGCAGAAGGACUAUGAAGCCGACAAGUAUCUGGAAAAACAUCUCCAAGAGUGCAGCUACGAAGACGACCACGACCAGGCCGACGGAUACUUACCGCUGCAAGCAGACUAUGGAGAAUUGCAGACUGAGGCAGCCCAAGCUACUGCCAAAGGCGACCCAGAAGCGACACCAGACUCAGAGUGCAACAAAACAAAAGGCAAAAUCAAGACCAAUAAGCAAACAAUGCGCAUGGGACGAAAACUCAUACACGUGAAGGUGAUUGACGACGCCAAUCCCAAGCGGAUUGUGGAUCGUGAUAGCCAAAUCGCCAAGCCCUGUAUCUGUGAGCACUGUGGCCGCCAGUUUCGGGACACCAGCAAUCUGAAUGUCCACCUGUUGCGGCACACAGGCACCAAGCCGUUCGAGUGCGAGAUAUGCCAGCAAAAGUGCUACACGCUGCACCUGCUGCGACGGCAUCAGCUGAAGCAUACCGAGGGACCCUACGCCUGCACCUUUUGCGGACUAAAGUACAGCACAAACAGCUCUCGGGUGCGACACGAACGCGAGGCAUGCAAAAAAGGACGAGCGCCACAAUCCAAGUGGGAGAUAAUCAAGAAGGGCGAACGCACUUUCCACUGCGAAGUCUGUGAUCUUUGGUUCCUGCGAGCCGGCAACUUUACGCAACACAUUAAAUCCGCCAGUCACAUUGAAAACGAGCGCCGAAAGAAGCGAAAAACUAAAGCCACCGCGCAACAGUCAAGCAUAAAUACAUGAAACAAUGUUGUACAUUGGGAA